AUGCCGUUGGCAUCGUCAUCCCUAUCUUAUUGGUUUACUUCGACUGACCCAAUUGGUGUUGUGGCGUGGAGAGUUUGGGACUGUGCCCGAGACACAGAAGUUCGGAAUUUGACCAAUUGGGUUGCUGAUUUUCCCCUCAACUUGAUCUGGGUCCUUCCCUUCUCUUCAAUCUCAGAGUUGUAUUGUUGUGCCCAAUUCCUGCGGGACAAAGCUAAAACCUCGAUUCCUAUCUUCUUUCUGGGUUGGAUUUGUCAUCUUGUAGAAUCGUUAGGAGGCAUUGGGAUGGGGAGAGUAGAAGCUAUUGUAGUAGGUGUGUCAAGACAUUGUAGUCUCCUUGCCGUCCUGAGUGGUAAAUCACGUGACACCAAACAAAAGCAAAAGCAGAGUGCUGCUUCUGAGGAUCAACCUCCUUACCCCUUUCCAGAGCUUUCUUCCUCUGGUAGUCUUGAGGUCAAGCUAUUGAUCAAACCUACUACCAAUGAACUCAGCCGAGCUCUUGAACAACUGCAGCCAGAAUUUGUUUACCUUCAAGGUCACUGGCUAGAAGAUAGGGGAGAAAUUGGGCCCCUUGUAUGGGAGGAUUUUGACCUGUCUGCCCCAGAAGCACUGUGUGGAUUGUUUUGUUCCAAAUUACCUAAUACCGUUUAUCUGGAAACUCCUAAGGGAGAAAAAUUGGCAGAGGCACUCCGUAAUAAGGGAGUUCCAUACACUAUCUAUUGGAAAAAUGAUUUUUCGAAGUAUGCAGCUUCACAUUUUCGUCAUUCUUUUUUCUCUGUGGCACAGAGUACAUCCAGCCAUACAUGGGAUGCUUUUCAGCUUGCUCUGGCAUCUUUUAGACUAUACUGUAUACAAAACAAUGUCUUACCUUCUAACAGCCAGAAAGGUGUUGGUAAGUUUGGUCCACAAAUUCUCGGGGUUCCUCCGAACAUUGAUAUUAGUCCAUCUGUAGCAGACAUGAAGGAUGAGGAAGAGGAAAAUUCAUCUGAAACACUUUCUGCUGUAAAGAUCUAUGAUGAUGAUGUGAACAUGAGACUUCUUGUUUGUGGAGUUCCCUGCACAUUGGAUGCUUGCUUGUUGGGGUCAUUAGAGGAUGGACUCAAUGCUCUUCUAUUUACAGAAAUACGAGGAUGCAAACUUCACAACAGGACAAGUGCUCCACCACCACCUCUGCAGGCAGGAACAUUCUCACGUGGUGUAGUGACUAUGCGUUGUGAUAUUUCCACAUGUAGUACUGCUCAUAUAUCACUUUUGGUGUCUGGUAGUGCAGACACUUGUUUUAAUGAUCAGCUCUUGGAGAAUCAUAUUAAGAAAGAGCUGAUUGAGAAUAGUCAACUUAUUCAGGCAUAUCCUAAUCAUGAACAAAGUAAAUCACCUUCCUGCGAGCCUCGAAGAUCAGCCUCAGUAGCCUGUGGAUCUAGUGUGUUUGAAGUUUGUAUGAGAGUUCCUGCAUGGGCUUCACAGGUUCUGAGACAGCUUGCACCCAGUGUGUCAUACCGCAGCCUUGUUAUGUUGGGAAUUGCUAGCAUCCAGGGAUUGCCAGUUGCUUCUUUUAAUAAAGAUGAUGCUGAACGCCUUCUUUUCUUUUGUACUAGGCAGGAGAAAGAAAACUCUGCAAAUGAACAUGUUUUCUCUGGGAUUCCAAAUUGGCUGAAGCCUCCACCGCCCAGUCGAAAAAGAUCUGAACCUUGCUCUGGUACAAAGUCUAUCAAUGCUAGUGGUAGGGGAAUUGAAGAUGUUGGUAGUCAUAGACAGAAGUUAAAUCUUGCUGCUAUGAAGCCAAUCCCUCAAUCUCAUAGACACAAGAUUCUCCCCUUUUCUGGAUUGCCUGCGGGUGCAAGAUAUGAUGGAGAUAAUGGAAAAUCAAAUCAGUCUCUUGCUCCUAUUAAGCAUAAUGUUUCAGGCCCUACUUCAGUUACAAAUAGGAAAUCUGUGUCGAACUCAUUCCAAGCUAACCAGAUCAUUUCUUUGAAUCCAUUACCUAUGAAAAAACAUGGUUGUGACAGAGCUCCAAUACGGGCUUGCUCAGAGGAGGAAUUCCUGAGGGAUGUAAUGCAAUUUUUGAUCCUUCGGGGGCAUAAUCGGCUGAUACCGCCAGGUGGGCUUGCUGAGUUCCCUGAUGCCAUUUUGAAUGCAAAACGCCUUGACCUGUUCAACUUGUACAGGGAGGUGGUUUCAAGAGGAGGCUUUCAUGUUGGAAACGGUAUCAAUUGGAAAGGGCAAGUUUUCUCAAAGAUGCGGAAUCACACUUUGACAAAUAGAAUGACUGGUGUUGGCAAUACACUCAAAAGGCAUUACGAAACUUAUCUCUUAGAAUAUGAAUUGGCUCACGAUGACGUUGAUGGAGAGUGCUGCUUGAUGUGUCACAGUAGUGCAGCAGGUGACUGGGUGAACUGUGGUGUAUGUGGUGAGUGGGCUCAUUUUGGCUGUGAUAGGCGGCAAGGACUUGGAGCAUUUAAGGACUAUGCGAAAACCGAUGGACUGGAGUAUGUUUGUCCUCGCUGCAGCGCCUUAAAAUUCAGUAAAAAAUCUCAAAAAACUGCAAAUGGUUAUUAA